UUCAGAGCUCAGAGUUCUUCUGUGUUCACAUGCGAUUUCUUUCGUUUCAUUUCAUCGCUUCUUUGAAUACUCCGAUUCCGAUUUAAUGGAAAUUUCUUCGAUUCCGUUUCCCUGCUCAGACGACGGUUCCUGGCCGAAUCUGUUGAGUUUUUUCCAGGAUUUUGAUUUUGCUCCCCAGCCGGUUAAGAAGCAGAGAACGGAUGAUAAUAAUUCUUACUAUGAUCAUUCCGAUUCGUCGGUGGAGGAGAUUCUGAAUAAGUUUCUUCCGGCGGAUAGGGAGCCCCCGAUGACGGCGACGCCGCCGCCGCAGGCGGCGGCGGCGGAGGAGAAGGGGAAUGGGAAGCGCGGUCGGGAGUCUGUGGAUGUUGUUAGUACGUCGGAGGAUUCUUACGCCGCCGGCGGAGGAGGAGGAGGGGGAGGGGGAGGGGGGCAGCAUCAGCGGCGGUUAUGGGUGAAGAACCGAUCGAAGGCGUGGUGGGAGCAGUGUAACGGCCCGGAUUUUCCGGAGGAGGAGUUUAAGAAGGCGUUUCGGAUGAGCAAAGCGACGUUCGAUAUGAUCUGCGAGGAGUUGGAAUCUGUGGUUACGAAGAAGGACACGAUGCUCCGGCAAGCGAUUCCGGUGCGGCAGAGGGUGGCGGUCUGCAUUUGGCGCCUCGCAACCGGUGAACCUCUCCGAGAAGUAUCGAAGCGGUUCGGAUUAGGGAUCUCCACGUGUCACAAGCUCGUCCUCGAGGUCUCCACCGCCAUCCGAGGAGUCCUCAUGCCCAAAUUCCUCCAAUGGCCAGACGACUCCAAAAUGAACCAAACCAAACGCGCCUUCCAACUCCUCUCCGGAAUCCCCAACCUCGGCGGCGCAAUGUACACCACUCACAUCCCGAUCAUCGCGCCGAAAGCCUCGGUCGCCGCCUACUUCAACAAACGCCACACCGAGCGCAACCAGAAGACCUCCUACUCCGUCACGCUCCAAGGCGUCGUCGACUCCAACGGCGUCUUCACCGACGUCUGCAUCGGCUGGCCUGGAUCCAUGUCCGACGACAAAGUUCUAGAAAAAUCCGCGCUCUUCCAGCGCUCAAAUCGCGGCCUACUCAAGGACACCUGUGUAGCCGGAAAUUCCGGAUAUCCGUUAACAGACUGGACUCUUGUUCCGUACACGCACCAAAAUCUGACGUGGACACAGCACGCCUUCAACGAGAAAGUCGGCGAGGUGGAGAAGGUGGCCAAGGAGGCGUUUAUGCGGCUCAAGGCGCGGUGGAGCUGCCUCCAGAAGAGGACGGAGGUGAAGCUGCAGGACUUGCCGGUGGUGCUCGGCGCCUGCUGCGUUUUGCAUAACAUUUGCGAAAUGCGAGGGGAGGAAUUGGAGCCGGCGUUAAGGUUUGAUCUCUUCGACGACGAAAUGUCGCCGGAGAAUCCAGUCCGGUCGGCCACCGCAGUGCAGGCUAGAGAUCAAAUUGCUCACAAGCUCUUGCACCAACAUCACGCCGGCACCAAGUUUCUAUAGAAUCAACCAAAAAAAAAAAUAACACAAGUACUGUAAUAGUUGUUAGAAUUUACAAUACAAUUUUGUGUUUUUUUUUUUAAUCUAUAAAGGCCAAUACUGUAAUUUACUUAUGUGCAUCGGAGAGCCAUGUACUCAUGUUACAGAAUUAAUAAAUAGUUAAUACAGGUUUAUUUCUCAGA